AUGGGUUUGGCAAACCGCCACCCCCGCUUUACCAUCUCCCUCGUUAUCCUCGUCUUCUUGUCCACUCUCUUCUUCUUCAACGCCGAUUCCGACAGCACUCCCUACGUCCACUUCAAGUCCAGCUCCAGUCUAUCCCAGGACCUCUGGGAUGAGGAAAGGCGGUACCACGACAUGCUCAAGGGUCGCAAGGACCUUAUCCGUACAUGGGGCCCGAGCCCAGACAAGGUCGUCGCAUUCCCCGUUAAACCCAAGGAUGACUUCUACACGCUCUGGGACUUCUUCCUACCGUCGUUCAAAUGUCCCCAUCACUUGGAGAGGAUCGGCAUUAUGGGUGAUGGUGGAAAGUGGACGUGCGGCCUCGAGCGGAUAGAGAAUAAGAAGAACUGCGUCAUGUACGCGUUUGGUAUCAACGGCGAGUCGUCGUUCGAAGCGGACGUCAUGAAGCGCGCCAAGGGUUGCGAUGUUUGGGGAUACGACUUCAGUGUCAACUCGUUUGGUCCCGAAAUCGAGCAGGACUCCUCCCUGCGCGCGCGUUCCCACUUCUUCCCCUAUGCCCUCGGCCCUCAUGACUCUCCCAACGGCGACCCUCCGACAUACACCCUCCAGACGCUCAUGAAGCGCAACGGCCACAAGUUCAUCGAUAUCCUCAAGAUCGACAUCGAGGGGAACGAAUACGACUCGCUCCACUCCUUCUUCGACUCCUUCCCAGCCGACGCUCCAUUGCCCAUCGGUCAGGUCCAGAUGGAGGUGCAUGUCUAUCAGGGCAGCGAGUGGAACUACUUCCCCAAGUUCCUCGCCUUCUGGGAGAAGCUCGAGGAGCGGGGCCUCCGCCCGUUCUUCAGCGAGCCGAACAUGGUGUAUGCGAACCUCAUCAGGGAUCUGCAGCCAGGUCUCGCCGAGUAUUCCUUCAUCAACAUCAAGGGCGACCACGAACUUGUCCGCGACGUGCCACACAAGCGCGGUCGCGCAUACCCUCCGCCUCCGCGAGGCCCACCGCCGCCUCCGCCGCCUCCACCGCCCCCGCGUGACUGA